CCUUGCUUUAUUCUGUUGUGGCUGUCCGGAUGUGUGCACAUCUAUCUUCUGCUUUUAAACAGUCCUUUAUGGUUUGAAUAACCUAAAUGGACAACUUUUAAAUUUGAACAAAAAAGCACUUGGGGUAAAAAAGGAAAACUUUGUGUUUGUGGAGAGAGUUGGCUUGUGCUUGUUGCAGGGACCGCCUCGAGCAGCUGGAGAGGAAGCGGGAGAGAGAACGAAAGAUGCGCGAGCAGCAGAAGGAGCAGCGGGAACAGAAGGAGCGGGAGCGGCGGGCCGAGGAGCGGCGCAAGGAGCGCGAGGCCCGGAGGGAAGUUUCUACGCAUCACCGAACGAUGAGAGAAGACUAUGGCGACAAAGUGAAAGCAAGCCACUGGAGUCGCAGCCCGCUACGGCCACCCCGAGAGAGGUUUGAGCUGACAGACGGCCGGAAGCCAGUAAAAGAAGAGAAAAUGGAAGAGAGAGACCUGCUGUCCGACCUACAAGACGUCAGCGACAGCGAAAGGAAAACCAGCUCCGCCGAGUCCUCGUCAGCGGAGUCAGGGUCGGGUUCAGAGGAGGAAGAAGAGGAGGAGGAGGAAGAAGAGGAGGAGGAGGAGGAGGAGGGGAGCAGCAGUGAAGAAUCGGAGGAGGAAGAGGAGGAGGAAGAGGAGACCGGGAGCAACUCUGAGGACGCAUCUGGACAGUCGGCUGAGGAAGUGAGCGAGGACGAGAUGAGUGAGGACGGAGAGCGGGAGAGCGAGAAUCAUGUCCUGGUCGUUCCAGAGUCCCGAUUUGACCGAGACUCCGGAGACAGUGAGGAAGGGGAGGAAGAAGCCGGCGAGGGCACUCCGCAGAGCAGCGCCCUGACUGAAGGCGACUUCGUGCCGGACUCUCCUGCCUUGUCACCCAUUGAACUCAAACAAGAGCUGCCCAAGUACCUCCCUGCCCUGCAGGGUUGUCGGAGCGUGGAGGAAUUCCAGUGCCUCAAUAGGAUCGAAGAAGGCACUUACGGGGUGGUGUACAGGGCAAAGGACAAGAAAACAGAUGCCCGGUCAUGGCCUCGCCUUACCUGGCAAGCACGGGCCCCUGAGCAGUUGACUCCUUGAUGUCUGUGGAGUCCAGAGGUCAGCCUGACUGUAGGCUCUGCUGCUUGCUUGUGACGGCAGGUGCCUCGGCUCCAGAAGGAACUGUGGAGUCUGCUUUGAGUGCUAGCACCUGAGCAGGUGUGUGAGUCAUGGACCGGAAGCUUCCCUUCCGCCCACAUCUGGGUCUUGGAAACUCGGGGAGGCACCACCUGAGAUCCUGAGACCCUGAUGAAUGUUUCCAUGUUGGGAUGUUGAGGUUUGCCGUGUCUCCUGGCAAAUCACAGUCGGGCUAGAGAGAGAAAUAGGACAAUCCUCCUUAUCUGUUUUGGACAAAAGCUGGUCUGGAAAUAGGCCUCAUGUUUCUGUCAGGCAACAGGUUUGGGUUUUUUUCUUGGUGCUGACGUGAUACGGGACUUUCCAGUUAAACAAGACUUCUCGGGCGC